AUGCUAAUGCAUGCUGCUCUGCAGGGGACCACUCUCCCUCGAAGCUCCCCAUAGCUGCUCUCAGUUUUAUGGAUCUGCUCUACCCAAAGCCUUGCAGAAGGGGCAGGGGAUGCCCUGGUUAACCCCUGCACGUACAAAGGUGGAGCAGUUUUCAUGCAUAGCUGGGACGAAGAACACUGGAAAGAGAAAGAAAAAAUUUCUGAGCUACUGCUAAGCCAGAAAAGCUCAGCUCUCAAACGGACUAUCUCCUGAGACCUCACACAGCUGGGAACUGAUCCGCAAUACAGCAAAGGCACCUGUUCACCGAAGUUGAGGCUGGUCACAACUCCGGCGGCCCAAGGAGCUGCUCGGUUCACCCACAAGGAAUGAGAGCUGCCUGCCUGCUGCUGCUUGGAGAGCCCCAGACAGUCGCUUGAAGAGGUGUGUGGAUGGCUCCUAGAUCUUGACUUGCUCCUGAGGAAAUAUUGUGUGACUGAGUUUCCUGUUAUACUGCUCUCCAAUCCAUCAUGAACCAGCCAGAGUCUGCCAACGACCCUGAACCCCUGUGCGCAGUGUGUGGCCAAGCCCACUCCUUGGAGGAAAACCACUUCUACAGCUAUCCAGAGGAAGUGGAUGAUGACCUCAUCUGCCACAUCUGCCUGCAGGCUUUGCUGGACCCCCUGGACACUCCGUGUGGACACACCUACUGCACCCUCUGCCUCACCAACUUCCUGGUGGAGAAGGACUUCUGUCCCAUGGACCGCAAGCCUCUGGUUCUGCAGCACUGCAAGAAGUCCAGCAUCCUGGUCAACAAACUCCUCAACAAGCUGCUGGUGACCUGCCCAUUCAGGGAGCACUGCACCCAGGUGUUGCAGCGCUGUGACCUCGAACAUCACUUUCAAACCAGCUGUAAAGGUGCCUCCCACUACGGCCUGACCAAAGACAGGAAGAGGCGCUCACAAGAUGGCUGUCCAGACGGCUGUGCGAGCCUCACAGCCACGGCUCCCUCCCCAGAGGUUUCUGCAGCUGCCACCAUCUCCUUAAUGACAGACGAGCCUGGCCUAGACAACCCUGCCUACGUGUCCUCGGUGGAGGACGGGCAGCCAGCAAUCAGCCCGGUGGACUCUGGCCGGAGCAACCGAACUAGGGCACGGCCCUUUGAGAGAUCCACUAUUAGAAGCAGAUCAUUUAAAAAAAUAAAUCGAGCUUUGAGUGUUCUUCGAAGGACAAAGAGCGGGAGUGCAGUUGCCAACCAUGCUGACCAGGGCAGGGAAAAUUCUGAAAACACCACUGCCCCUGAAGACAGAGUUUUGCUCGUCGCCCAGGCUGGAGUGCAACGGCGGCGUGAUCUCGGCUCACUGCAACCUCUGCCUCCUGGGUUCAAGCGAUUCUUCUGUCUCAGCCUCCCAAUCUUUCCAAGGUUGUACCACCUGAUUCCAGAUGGUGAAAUUACCAGCAUCAAGAUCAAUCGAGUAGAUCCCAGUGAAAGCCUCUCUAUUAGGCUGGUGGGAGGUAGCGAAACCCCACUGGUCCAUAUCAUUAUCCAACACAUUUAUCGUGAUGGGGUGAUCGCCAGAGACGGCCGGCUACUGCCAGGAGACAUCAUUCUAAAGGUCAACGGGAUGGACAUCAGCAAUGUCCCUCACAACUAUGCUGUGCGUCUCCUGCGGCAGCCCUGCCAGGUGCUGUGGCUGACUGUGAUGCGUGAACAGAAGUUCCACAGCAGGAACAAUGGACAGGCCCCGGAUGCCUAUGGACCCCGGGAUGACAGCUUUCAUGUGAUUCUCAACAAAAGUAGCCCCCAGGAGCAGCUUGGAAUAAAACUGGUGCGCAAGGUGGAUGAGCCUGGGGUUUUCAUCUUCAAUGUGCUGGAUGGCGGUGUGGCAGAUCGACAUGGUCAGCUUGAGGAGAACGACCGCGUGUUAGCCAUCAAUGGACAUGAUCUUCGAUAUGGCAGCCCAGAAAGUGCGGCUCAUCUGAUUCAGGCCAGUGAAAGACGUGUUCACCUCGUCGUGUCCCGCCGGGUUCGGCAGCAGAGCCCUGACAUCUUUCAGGAAGCCGGCUGGAACAGCAAUGGCAGCUGGUCCCCAAGGCCAGGGGAGAGGAGCAACACUCCCAAGCCCCUCCAUCCUACAAUUACUUGUCAUGAGAAGGUGGUAAAUAUCCAAAAAGACCCCGGUGAAUCUCUCGGGAUGACCGUCGCAGGGGGAGCAUCACAUAGAGAAUGGGAUUUGCCUAUCUAUGUCAUCAGUGUUGAGCCCGGAGGAGUCAUAAGCAGAGAUGGAAGAAUAAAAACAGGUGACAUUUUGUUGAACGUGGAUGGGGUUGAACUGACAGAGGUCAGCCGGAGUGAGGCAGUGGCAUUAUUGAAAAGAACAUCAUCCUCGAUAGUACUCAAAGCUUUGGAAGUCAAAGAGUAUGAGCCCCAGGAAGACUGCAGCACCCCAGCAGCCCUGGACUCCAACCACAACAUGGCCCCACCCAGUGACUGGUCCCCAUCCUGGGUCAUGUGGCUGGAAUUACCACGGUGCUUGUAUAACUGUAAAGAUAUUAUAUUACGAAGAAACACAGCUGGAAGUCUGGGCUUCUGCAUUGUAGGAGGUUACGAAGAAUACAACGGAAACAAACCUUUUUUCAUCAAAUCCAUUGUUGAAGGAACACCAGCAUACAAUGAUGGAAGAAUUAGAUGUGGUGAUAUUCUUCUUGCUGUCAAUGGUAGAAGUACAUCAGGAAUGAUACAUGCUUGCUUGGCAAGACUGCUGAAAGAACUUAAAGGAAGAAUUACUCUAACUAUUGUUUCUUGGCCUGGCACUUUUUUAUAGAAUCAAUGAUGGGUCAGAGGAAAACAGAAAAAUCACAAAUAGGCUAAGUUGGAACACUAUAUUUAUCUUGUCAGUUUUUAUAUUUAAAAAGAAAGAAUACAUUGUAAAAAUGUCAGGAAAAGAAGUAUGAUCUAAUGAGAGCCAGUUACACCUCAGAAAAUAAGAUUCCAAAAAAAUUAAAACAACUACUAGUUUUUUUUCAGUGUGGAGGAUUUCUCAUUAAUUACUCUACAACAUUGUUUAUAUUUUUUCUAUUCAAUAAAAAGCCAAACAGCUAAAAUGAUUUGUAUACCCCACUGAAUUCAAGUUGAUUUAAAUUUAAAAUUUGGUAUAUGCUGAAGUCUGCCAAGGGUACAUUAUGGCCAUUUUUAAUUUACAGCUAAAAUAUUUUUUAAAAUGCAUUGCUGAGAAACGUUGCUUUCAUCAAACAAGAAAUAAAUAAAAUUUUUCAGAAGUUAUAGUUGUCUUUUAGUAUGUGAUACUAAAUAAAAGAUUACUUGUAUUAUCACCAUUUAAAA